ACCAACCGGCGUGCCGACUCGGUCUCUCGAGACCGCUUGAGAGCGUCUUAGUGACGGCUACAUGAGGAUCUAAAGACGCCAAAGAACACCCACUUCCCGGGGAACGGAGUUGACAAACACGGGAGCCAUGGACGUUACGGAAAGGCGUCUUUUCCUGCCCGUCGUCAUUUUAAUAAUCAUCAGCUAUUGCAACGCACUUCUGGCCAGUCAUCUGGAAGACAACAUGUCACAUCCGCUUUUUGCUCAUCACCUCAUCUCAGAAGGUGACAAUCAAUUUUCCUCCUGUGAUUUUGAGACACCGUGCUUCUGGACUUUAUCAAAUCACAGCGACCAAAGUGACUGGUCGGUUGUGUCAGCACGGCAACCGGAGAAAACGCAGCGGGAAGGUUCCAAGCCUGAGGCGGACCACUCGGAAGGGAGCUCUGAUGGUCUUUUUCUUCUUCUAAACCCCUUCCGAGGUUCUAAAGCUCCAGAGAGUUGUGAGUACCAUUUAACCAGCCCAGUCAUACACAGAAGUGAGCACCAGUGUGUUUUGCAUCUGGCUCUGUAUGAAACAUCACCAACGGCGGGGGACCUCUUGGUCCUGAUCAAGCCACUGCACUCAAGUUCAUUCGCUGAUGUCAUCGCUGUCCAGCCUGAGAGACGAAAGGACAUCAGAGCGGAGUGGGAAGCUGUGGAGACGUUGAUAGGCCAAGUGGACGAGCCCUUCCAAGUCACCCUGAGCUACACCGGGUGUGUGGAGGACGGAGACAUUGUGGCUCUUGACUCUCUGCAGUUCAUAAAUUGUGAAUCAGAUGAAGAGGAUGAAGUGAUCAAACCAGACAUGGACUGUGGCGAUGAUUUCUACUGUGAAAACUCUGCAUAUUGCAUCGACCAUAAGCAAGUGUGUGAUUUCCACACAGACUGCCCUUUAGGAGACGAUGAGGGUGUCAUCUGCGGUGCACUUCCAUUUGGAUCACACUGCUCAUUUGAGCAGGAUGCUUGUGCUUGGUCCGUGUCCAAGCAGCACUCUGCCUGGAGGAGAGUGGCCGGGGAUGAGUUGCUACAGAAAGAAGACAUGCAGGGUCUAACCCUGAAGAGUACUCCAGGGCACUUCUUGUUUCUGGAGAUAAGACAGAGAAAUUCCCUACAAGAGGCGUCUGUUCACAGCCACAUUUUCCCUCCUCCUGUGUCCAAUAAGACUUGCCAGAUGCGUUUUUCUUUUUACCUGUUUGGGAACUUCAAUGGCUCCUUGUCAGUGGCUUUAGAGGAAAAUAGCACCGCGUCUACACAUCUGGUUUGGGAGAGAAAGAGUUCUUCAAAGGAUGAUUGGGAGGAUGUUGUCCUGCUGCUGACUGGACUUCAUCACGGCUUCAGUGUUAAGGUGACAGCCGUUUGGUUCCAAGGCUCCAAUGCUGAUGUUGCCAUGGAUGACAUUGCAAUCGGUGCAACCUGUUUUGACACAGAUCUCAAGUCUUUCCUGCCCAUGGCUGACCUGAGGGAUUUCUUUAGCCCCCUCGCAGAGCCUUCAUCAUCCGAGGUGUCUCUGAUGACCUGGUUUUUUAACUCAUGCGGCGCAAGCGGACCCUACGGGCCGACCCAAGCCCAGUGUGACAGCACCUACAGGAAUAAAAAUGUCAGCGUGACUGUGGGGAAGGAAGGGACCUUGAAAGGAGUCCAAAUGUGGAAGGUUCCUGCCACCAACAGAUACCAGAUCUCCGCCUACGGGGCUGCAGGAGGGAAAGGAGCCAAAAACCACAACAAACGCAACCACGGCAUUUUCAUAUCAGCUGUGUUCCCUCUGGAGAAAGGAGAUUUACUUCACAUCUUAGUGGGCCAUCAAGGAGAGGACGCAUGCCCGGGGAGAAAUUCCCAAACCCAGAAGAUUUGCCUUGGAGAGUCUUCUGUGAUUGAAGAUGGCCUCCAGGGGGAGGAGUGGGCUGGUGGAGGAGGUGGAGGAGGAGGAGCCACUUAUGUCUUUAAGAUGGAGGGCGACGUGCUGGUUCCCUUGAUGAUUGCGGCGGGUGGAGGAGGAAACGCCUAUAUGGAGGACCCAGAAUCCAGUCUGGAUCAAAUGCCUCUGGAGCAGUUUGAGAACAGCACCACAGCCCCCAGUACCAACGGCCGAUCUGGAGCUGCAGGUGGCGGUGGAGGCUGGAAAGACAUAAGUCCCGUGUCUCACCCUAUGGCUGGCGGGUCCCUGGCGGAGGGUGCCAAGGGGGGUGCAGCGUGUCUUUUGGCCCAGUCCAAACUGGGCUGGUCCACCUACGGGGGGUUUGGAGGCGGAGGUGGUGCCUGCACUUCCGGAGGAGGCGGAGGCGGGUACAGAGGAGGUGAUGCUGCAUUGAUGGAUGACAUCACAGUUGAUGGUCGCGAUGGCAUCUCCUUCAUUAACCCAAUUGGCGAGAUAUACCUGCAGCCUCUGGCAGCCAUGGAGAGUCACGGUGAGUGUGAGAUCAAGGUGCAGCUCAACUGCAGCCACUGUCAAUCACAAAGCUGCAGGCGAGACGUAGAUGAAGAUACGCACGUCAUCCUCUGCCUGUGCCACGACAACGAGAUCCUGGCCGGCGAUAACGUCACCUGCAUUGCUCCUCAAGUCCCGCCUACUCAGGGCCACAUGUCGACGACGUUGAUCCUGGCUAUUGUCACCUCCAUCGUCGUCAGCGGUGUGGCGUUGAUCUGCGCCAGCGUCAUCCUCAUGUGGCACCGUUGGAAGAAUGAUCUACAGGCAGUGAGGGGUCGCCUCCAGAGUCCGGAAUACAAGCUGAGCAAGAUCCGCUCCUCCACCAUCAUGACGGACUACAACCCAAACUACUGCUUCGUUGGGAAAGCCACAGGGCUCAGCGAACUGAAGGAAGUGCCACGCAAAAACAUUACACUUCUCAGAGCUCUCGGCCACGGUGCCUUUGGUGAAGUGUAUGAGGGUCAGGUUCUCGGAAUGAGUGCAGAGAACGGCCCCAUGCAGGUGGCCAUAAAGACCCUUCCUGAAAUCUGCUCAGAGCAGGAUGAAAUGGAUUUUCUCAUGGAGGCGCUGAUCAUGAGCAAGUUCAACCAUGAGAACAUCGUACGCUGCAUUGGCGUCAGCCUCAACAUCCUGCCACGUUUCAUCCUGCUGGAACUCAUGACUGGAGGAGACAUGAAGACCUUCCUGAGGAAGAACAGACCUCAACGUGGUCAAGCUCCUUCUCUCAGCAUGCACGAGCUGCUGCAUAUGGCAAGAGACAUUGCAUGUGGGUGCCGUUACUUGGAGGAGAACCACUUCAUACACAGAGAUAUUGCGGCUAGAAAUUGCCUUCUCACCUGCCCUGGACCGGAAAGGGUGGCCAAAAUUGGAGACUUUGGCAUGGCGCGAGACAUUUACAGAGCCAGCUACUACAGGAAAGGGGGCCGUGCCAUGCUGCCUGUCAAGUGGAUGCCACCUGAGGCGUUCAUGGAGGGGAUCUUCACCUGCAAGACCGAUACAUGGUCAUUUGGAGUACUGCUGUGGGAGAUCCUCUCUCUGGGUUACAUGCCCUAUCCAUGUAAGACCAACCAGGAAGUGUUGGAAUUUGUCACCAGUGGGGGCAGGAUGGACCCUCCCGAGGGAUGCCCAGGCCCUGUCUAUCGGAUCAUGACCCAAUGUUGGCAACAUUGUCCUGAACACCGGCCCAACUUCUCCACGAUACUGGAGAGAAUCAAAUACUGCACUCAGGACCCAGACGUGAUCAACACACCCCUUCCAGUGGAAUAUCGGCCUACCGCAGACGAGGAUGGCAGUGCAAUGAUCCACCCCUCAGAUCACACGCCCACCAACCUUACUCCCCUCUCGGUCUCCUUGGACUCCUCCUCCCAACUGGGCCUCUUGGCACCCUCGGCUCUUUGCCCGCAGCCCAACAAACCUCGCAUUCUCCUCCAAAAAAGCCACCCUGUCCAGCACGAGGUGACAUCCUGCGGGGAGGUUCUCCUCGAGCCCUCGUGGGCCGAGCCGAUCCCGCCGGCUCCUGCGUGCGUAGGAGGCCCAUGGCUCCAUCCCGAGCCUCUCAUCCAGCGACCUUGUCCCACAGGGAACCAGCGGCUGAAGAAUAAAACCAAGAAUUUGUGGAACCCCACAUAUGGUUCGUGGGUUUUGGAUAGCUUCAAAGUCAAGAAGACCCUCGCUCACACUCAGUCCAUGCCCCUCUCAAGUCCUCCAUCCACUUCCUGCAAUGCACCAGCAGUUCAGUCCUAUACUGCAGCCUCGGAGUGCUCCAAAGCUCCCAGCGUCUGCUCUUCUUUACUGCCGUUCUGCCAGAGUCCAGUCACACAGAGCGUGGCCUCCAAUAAGAGCCAAAGCAGCGGCGGACACUCAAAGGGUGGCAUGGACCUGGCUAAGCUCCAGAGUUUCCCUUGCGGCAACGUCAACUACGCCUAUGACGAGCAAAGCUACGAGGCGGAGAGCUUGCCCUUGGUGGGCCAGACAAAAGCCCCGGAUGUCAUAAAAAGCACCAUCUCCGCCCCCAGCGUCUCCUCAGGCUUGGGGAUUUCUCUGGGCCUCUACACGUCCUCCUCCUCCUGCAUGCCCAAGCUGCUGCUCAAGCGGCAUGCUAGCUAUGGACACGAGGACAUGAGAAGACACACCAAAGCUGAGAAGCCCACGCGAGACCGAGACUCUGGUUUCUCUCUGUCUGAAGACCUGAGCGUCACCCCAAUCUAGGAACAAAAGUCUACCAGGUACUAGUUUUGUGGGUCAUCACCAUAAAUUCACAAAUGAGCGAAUUCAAGGCUCACUUCCAAAUGCACAAACCGAAUUAUCUGAAACUUUGACAUCGUUUAACACGAGAAUACAACAUCCUAACUACAUUUAUUGGUCAGAAAAGUGGAAAAAGCAUAAUAAUAUUUUGACUUAAAUAUUUGACUAUUAUUGUGGGGUGUUUUUUUUGCAAAAGUACUAUUCUGGUCACAAGGCGGCAAUAAUGACAGAAAACAUUGAGACAUGACUUUACAUAACACUGCAUGAACUCAGCUAUGGCAUGUCCAACAUGAUAGAGUGGAAAAAAAACUUCUCCUCCCAUUCCAUGUGGAAGUGGUAGAUUUUUGGUUUAAGAUAAGAAAUAAAUUAUGAAUUACUUAGCUUGGAAAAUCCCAUGAUAUUGAUGUGUCAUUGUUUUCAACUAGAAAAGACUAUUUUAACAGAACUAUUGUGGAAGAAACCCUCACAUACACCUCUGAGCUGGACUCUUUUAGCUGGAAGUAUUUCAUUUGCUUCACUUUCCAGUCAUUGUCUCCAAAACGCUGAAAUGUUGUCUUAACUAUUUUUUUUUCUUUCCUAAAAAUUUUGGCAGCUGACCAAAAGACGUGAAAACAAACACUAGAAGGAAAAUGGCCGAACAAUUUACUUUAAUGGACGUUUGUAUUUACCGAGCAAAAGGAUGAGUUUUUAUACUCAUUUUGGAGAUAAUGUGAAACGACUCCCCCCUGCCCCCGCACGUACUAACUACUGCAAUAAAAUCUAUUUUUCUACCCUGAAGAAAUAAUAAUAAUAAUAACAAGUAACAUCAUAGACAAAUCUUGUUGUCAUGGAGACAACACGCCAUCACAGCCCACAGCUGGUGGCUGCAGAGGCAGGAUGGGCGAUACCUUAUAUCUUAUUUUUAAUUUGUCAAUCAUGAUAAUAACCAGAACAAAUCACAGGAAAAAAGAUUUGAGUUAACCGAAAAUGUUUAUUUCCUUGUGACUAAUUGAACAAUAUAUACCGUAAAUAUUCUGUUUUGUUUUUAUUGUUUGAGCAACAUAAGUCAACCAAAACAAAGACUAUUUACACUUUGUUUACAAUAUAUUUGAACAACACAACAACAACAAAAAAACAUACAUGGAAAACAUCGAUGUCAUUAUGCUGAUAUCGACAAAGAAAUGAUACUACCUUAGUAUCGAUGGAUCACCCGCCCCCCAACUGAUUGACAGCUGCCCUCUGUGGGGGUUCAUUGUGUUGUUACGGACUAAAACACAAUGUAACGUGUUUAUUGCUGAGUUUUUAGAAGGGACUUGUCGGAUAAAAGCAGAUGGUGGAGGAGUACCCAUCAUCAUCAUCAUCAUCAUCUUUACCUCAUGCUGCUUGAAGAACGCCGAUGCUGUAAGAGCCUGUUGGAUCUCCAUCAGCCUUCUCAGAUCAUCCUCAGACUCCACUGCCGAGGAUCCCGUGGAGGACACAGAGGAGGUGGAUAGUUUUCUUCGCAAAGCACCGUCCAUUGCAUUAUCACCCCAGUCCUCUUGCUGCAUCUCUCGCGCCGACCCGCCUCCCUCCGGAGUGAUGGUUACCUGCGGUACCCGGUGAGCUUCCAUCAUAGCAGUGAACCCACCAGGGGAGCUCAUCGCAACUCUGCCAUCACCUGUCAAAGUUGGACCGAAGUCUUUCCUACGCUCCUUCGGGGCAUUAAACGCGUCGUGACAUAGCACGCGAUACCGCCGCAGGGUUGUGGAGACUUUUUUUUAAAGUGUUCAAACGGUCCA